AAUCGUUGACGACCACAUUUUGCUUGCAUUUCGAAAUAAAUUUUUUUAAUAAUUUAUUAAAUAUCAUCAAUUCAAUAAUUAUAAACCAUGUCAUCCAACAAGAAAAAAAAUAUCGAACCAAUGGACCAAGAUUCCAGUGAUGAUUCUGAAACUGAGUCUGAGAACGAAGGACCACAUCCAGAUGCAUACACAGGAAAUGAGGAAAUCCAAGUUGAUUUCGAAGGUCGCAGUCCAACAGACACCGAUUUUCAUGGACUCACUCAAUUAUUUCAUCAAUUAUUCCUCAAGGCACAUCUCAAUGUGAAUGAAUUGGCCGAAAUUGUCAUUGCACAAAACUAUGUUGGCAGUGUAAUAUUCCAAAGCGAAAUUGAUGGCGAAGAUGAGGACACCGAAGACGAGGACAUGUACGAUUCGAAUAUGAUUUUUGGCAUCACAACAGCCAUCAAUAUGACAGCGAAAAAAGACAAACAAUGCAUCGAACAGUUGCGUUCUUAUGUCAUUUCCAAAGCUGAGAAGCACGCGACAGAUGCAACUCUCGUUCAUCUCCGAGAUGUUCUCAGUAACGAAGCUAGACCCGUUGGAUUCCUUAUCAACGAGCGAUUUAUAAAUAUUCCUCCACAAAUCUCUGUGCCAUUGUUGGAAAAUUUGCACAAAGAAAUCAAACAAGCUAAUCAAAGGAAGAUGCCUUUUGAGUUUGUUUACUUUUUGAUGAUUAUUAAAUUCCAUCGGCGUGAGGCGAAAAAGAAUAAACCCGCCGAGGAUGUUUAUGUCAAUGCUGAAGAGGAAGUUAUUGCUAAAAAUGCAGUACAGAGUUUUGAAUAUUCUGUGGCUGGAGAGUGUGAUAGUGGAUUGUCGGGUGAUUGGUUGGAGGACGAUGAUGCAUUGACUCCUUAUAGAAAAGUUGUUUUAUUUGAUGCUAGCAAGUUGCCACAUUUAAUCGAUGCGAUACAGACUUUUAUUAAUAAUGAAUAAAAGGACCGAUCUGAUUUUUGUGGAAAUGAUUUAUGCAUAUUUUUUUUUUUUUAAUAUAAACAUUGUUAGUUAUACAAAUAAAAAGUGUAUAUUUUUACUUAUUUACAAGUA